CGCCUCUCUAGAUCUAUCUAUCCCUACCCCUACCAUUUUAUCUCUUAUUAUUUUAUUAUUAUAACCCUCACACUGUCUUUUUUCCAUACUCGCACACAGAUUCAACCAAGCUCUAUCUUCGUUUUAAAAGCUGAUAAAUAAUACUAAUAAUAAUCUCUACAUCCACCGGGAAAACAAUGGGAGAGGAAGAGAAGAAACCGGAGCAUCCCAAGAGGGAGGAGAAGUCGGAGGAGACCCCGAAGGCCGACAAGCCGCCGGCAGAAGGCGGAAAAAAGGAGGAGAAGAAAUCCGAGGAGCCCAAGUCAGAGGAGAAGGCUGCGGCGGUGCCUCCCUUGCCGCCGGAGAUUGUCCUCAAGGUGUACAUGCAUUGCGAGGGCUGCGCUAGGAAAGUCCGCCGGUGUCUCAAGGGAUUUGAAGGUGUUGAGGAUGUAACAACAGAUUGCAAGGCGAGCAAAGUGGUUGUGAGAGGCGAAAAAGCAGAUCCGCUGAAGGUUUUGGAUAGGGUUCAGAGGAAAAGCCACCGCCAAGUUGAGCUUAUCUCUCCAAUCCCUAAGCCUCCGGCUGAGGAGCCUAAGAAACUUGAAGUUAAAGAUGUGCCCAAAGUUGAAGAUAAAAAACCGGAGCCUGCAGUGGUUACAGUGGUGUUGGGAGUGUACAUGCACUGUGAAGCUUGUGCUCAAGAAAUCAAAAAGCGCAUUCUCAAAAUGAAAGGAGUCGAAAGUGCGGAGCCCGAACUCAAGAGCUCGCAAGUCAAAGUGAAGGGUACAAUUGAACCCGAGAAGCUCAUCGAACAUGUCUACAAGCGGACGGGAAAACAUGCAACAAUCGUAAAAGUCGAACCGGAGAAAAAAGAAGAUGAGAAGGCCAAGGAAGGGAAAGAGGACAAAAAGUCGGAAGAGGGCAAAAAGGGAAAGGAGGCCAAGAAGGAGGCCGGAGAAGAUGGAGGCGAACAGCUGUCUCCGGUGGAAGCUGAGGACUCGAAGCUUGAACUAAGGAAGAAUGAGUUUCACUAUUACUACCCACAACAGCAAAAUCACCAGUUUUACCCGCAGAGGUUUGUGCCGGAAUACUAUUCAUCAUACACACCACAAUACCCACCACAGAUGUUUAGUGAUGAGAAUCCCAAUGCGUGUACCGGGUUUCUUUGGAAUCUUGGUGAGGGAGUUGGAUCUUCGUUUUUCCUGGAGUUCAAGAGGUUGGGGGCUAGGGCA